AUGGAAUGUCCUUAUGACGUGGCAGUCCAGUGGGAGGUCCUUAUGACAUGGCAAAAUGUGUUUUUAGAAAGUCCGAAGGGACAUCCGCACCAUUGCUCAAUUGGGGAACAGCCUUUGUCGAAUAUUGCUAUUCUCAAAGCCACUCUCUCUCUAACCGAUUCUUCCUCCAUCAAAGCUAAACCUGGUCGUCUCGGUCUCAACGGUGAGGAUUCUGCAUCGGUUGUUGUGGAAUUUGAAAAUGAUAAACCUUCAAAUAAUGACUGGAUUGCUGUAUUUUCUCCUGCAAAAUUCAAUGGAUCGAUUUGUGACCUGGAAAAUGAUCCUAGAGCAGAUGUUCCUUACAUUUGCAGUGCCCCUAUUAAGUACCAAUUUGCCAAUUUCUCCGAUCAUAACUAUGCCAAUACUGGAAAAGCUUCUCUCAAGUUGCAAUUAAUCAACCAGCGAUCUGAUUUCUCCUUUGCCUUGUUUCGAGGCGGAUUAUCGAAUCCAAAAUUAUUGGCAGUAUCCAACUCCAUAUCCUUUGUGAACCCUAGAGCACCAGUUUGUCCCCGCCUCGCUCUCGGAAAGUCUUGGAAUGAGAUGACUGUAACAUGGACGAGUGGAUAUAACAUAGAUAAAGCCGUUCCUUUUGUUGAGUGGCGCUGGAAGGGUGGCAAGAAGACGCACUCUCCAGCAGGGACAUUGACAUUUGGGAGAAGAAGCAUGUGUGGAUCUCCAGCACGUUCAGUUGGUUGGCGUCAUCCUGGUUGGAUACAUACGAGUUUUCUUAAAGAUUUGUGGCCAAAUACUGUGUACACAUACAAGCUCGGUCACUUGUUAUCAAAUGGCUCUUAUAUUUGGAGCAAGAUGUAUUCAUUCAGAUCAUCUCCAUAUCCUGGGCAAGAUUCAUUGCAUCGUGUCAUAAUAUUUGGAGACAUGGGGAAGGGGGAACGUGAUGGAUCAAAUGAGUAUAACAACUAUCAGCCUGGCUUAUUACAUACAACGGACCAAUUGAUCAACGAUCUUAAUGACAUUGAUAUAGUUUUCCAUAUUGGUGAUAUCACAUAUGCUAAUGGCUAUAUCUCUCAGUGGGAUCAGUUCACAGCACAGGUUGAACCUAUAGCAUCCACUGUCUCUUAUAUGAUAACAAGUGGAAACCACGAGCGUGACUGGCCUAGGACAGGAUCCUUUUAUGGGGGCACAGAUUCCGGUGGAGAAUGUGGUGUGCCAGCUGAGACAAUGUUCUAUGUUCCUGCAGACAACAGAGCCAAAUUUUGGUCUUCGUUUACGUUUGUAAUCCAUUUGCUCCCAAUGACAGUACAACCUUCAGGUAGGAUCGACAAGUCAUAAACGUCCUUGUCUACCAUUGAUUGUAGUUCGGAAUCAAUUCCUUCUUUUUCAGAAGAGACUAUCUGAAUAAGCUAUCACGGCUUUCAAGUUCCAUGGGUCAAGUUCAUUGUCGUCUGGAACCAAGUCAGAAGACUCACCUAGACCAAUGUGCCUUUCUGGUUCACGAGGAACCCUCCCACUACGAUGAGUUUCUACAAAUAGUGGUACAAAAGUUGACAACUCAGGUGUAGACUGUACCUUUGUUUUUGGAUCUUAGUUAAUGGAAACUGUAGUAUCUCUUAAUUCAUCAAGAGCUACUUUACUGGGGUUUAA